GAAAAAUACCCUAUAGUUACAGCUCGUGCGCGAGAUUCCGGGUACACAGUCAGUGCACAAAUGGUUCCACCCUCGGCUUUAAAUUACGGCAAGUUUUCAGUGUCUGCCGGACCCGACGGUGUCUCAGGGCCCAGCCUCCCCCGCCUCGGCGUCCACGAUGACGUCCAGACCCGCUCGAGCUGCCACUUUUUCAAGAUUUGGUAGUCCCGUAAUGGCUUGGCUCGGCACGGCAAUUCUGUUGAGCUUUCUGGUUUGUGUAUCGUCUGGUUCCUUCUGGAAAUGAGGAAAUGAGUCCAUGAUAAUGUUGGAUGAAGUGCAUGAACAGAGAAGUCCGUGUUUUUACAGCGCCUGCACGUUUAAGCGGUCAGUCUCACUCAUACCAACAACGCGGUGAGACCGCCUGUUUAUUAGACCUGUUCCUCAAAGAUGCACAAAUGUCGUCACUGUUCCUCUCUGUGCAUGCAGUACACGGCUGAGGCUGCGCAAAAUUCACCGAUCUACCUAAUCACAGAGUCAGGAACAAAUGACAUACCCGUCCUUGUGAAUCAUGCUGUGACCAUUACGUCGAAAUGUCCGAUCGCAGAAUCCCCUUACCUCUCAACAAAGAAGCAUAAUCCCAAUCCAGCACUAGCGGGGCGGACGAUGCACGGGUAGGGCCAUGAUCAGCCCCUGGCUCAUCUAAUAAUAACCCACCCGCCCUGUGAAUACGAGCUAAGCAUAAUUCUUAAUGCAAAAACCCAUGCGAUAAUAACAUGACGCACAGGGCAGUCGGAUGUUUCGGCAUGCAGUCCACUGCAGCAUUGGGCUAGAUUUCCGGUCGACAAACUUGCAUUUGUUGAUCUUGACAACCCCGCAGAAAUCACGAGGCCAGAGUUUCUCCGGACAAGACGAUGGAUCAUACUUCGUAUAGGUGAUAUUAGGGCGCAGCUAGUGCAAAGUACUUCGUAUCCUAUUCGAGAAGCCCAGAGGUCAGAUCCCGAUUCUCACAUAAUAUAAAGGCAUAUAUUUACCCAGCUCCUGUUUACUCUAAUCAUCUCAUCUCAUCUCAUCAUUCACCUCAGUCUUCUACAUCACAACCCCUCACAUAAAACCUUUUCAUACCCAACUCUAAACCGUCAACAUGAAGUUCGCUGCUUUCACCGCUCUCGCCGCCGUCUUCGGCUCUGCUGCUGCUGCCAACAAGGCCAAUGUCAUCAACGACUGCACCAACACCAUCUACGUCCAGUCCUUCCCCUACGGUGGCGGUGCUCCCGGUCCCUUGACCACCGUCAAGCCCGGCCAGCGAUUCUCUGAGGAUCUUCGUGCCUCUGGUUCUACCAUCAAGAUCGCCACCACCCGAACUCUCACCAAGCCUCUCUUCUUCGGCUACUCUUCCGAGUCUCAGCCCAACAACGUCUACUACGAGUUGAGCACUGAGUUCGGCAACCCCUUCGCUGACAAGCACAACAUCUUGAGCCCCGGUGAGGGUUGCGAGAAGUUCGACUGCAAGCCCAACGAUGCCAAGUGCUACAGCACCCCCAGCAUGAAGAAGGUCUACGGUUGCCCCAGCCCCGUCAACCUGUACGCCAAGGUCUGCGCCAAGUAAAUUGGUAGCCUUGUCAUCAGCUUUGCUUCCAGUGGCAUUUAAUAAGACCAUAUCAACGGCUGACGCCUUGGUUUCAUGGAUCAACUCACUGGGUUAAUACUUCUUCGUUACAUACAUUAUUAAGCGGCUUCGGAGUCCUUUAGAUAGAGUACUUCCUAUAAAUCGGAAGACCAAUACAUAUUAUCUUCAAUCACUUCAAUCAUUGUGACAUUAGAUUGUCCUUUCAUCGCUAUCAACUGUUAUCUUGUACACACGUAGCCAUAAUGUACCAGUAAUACUUGCUCGACUGCUUAGUAAUUGGUUAUGUAGAAUAAAAGCCGUAGCCCAUCUUUGUGGAAUAAUGCCUGUGGCAUGAGAGAAACUGCUGACUACUUCAAGUCUCGUUAUGCCGGAUUGCCUGCGCCUCCCAG